CUAAAUAAAAAUGGCGACUAUAUUAUUUAUGCAGCGUUCUUUGCGCAAACAGCGUGUUUUCCGAGAUAGAAGCCAGCCAUUGGAUUCUUUCGACGACUCGGAGCUCAUUUCUAGGUACCGUUUCCCUCGAAGGAUAAUUUUCGAUUUGAUCGAUGGGGUAGAUGAGCAACUUCGGCCAUAUACAGAAAGAUCACAUGCCAUCCCCACUCAGCUGCAGGUCCUAUGUACGUUGCGUUACAUUGCAAAAGCUGAUUUCUUUUCGGAAGUUGGAGAUGUUCACGGAGUUUCCAAAUCGUCCGUUUCAGUAUGUUUACCAAGGGUGUGCCAAGCCCUUUGUGAGCACUUGCAGAACAUUAAAUUCCCAUCUUCAGUGCACUCUUUAAGGAAAAUAAAAGACGAAUUCCACAGCAUCGCCCGUUUCCCCAACGUGGUAGGGGCCAUUGACGGGACCCUUAUCCCCAUCAAAGGGAUGAGUACCGAGGAUGAACACAUAUAUGUAUCGAGAAAAAACUUUCAUGCCCUUAAUAUCCAAGGGGUUGUGGACGCAGAGAUGAGAUUUCUCAACAUCAAUUGCCGAUUCCCAGGCAGUGCGCAUGAUGCAUACAUCAUGUCAAACUCCACCAUUCCGGACAUCAUGGCUAAUUUGCCAGAGGGUGGUUGGCUGCUGGGUGACUCUGGUUAUCCGUUGAAAGAUUUUCUUAUGACACCCUUCAAUAACCAUUCCACUCCAACGGAGGAAAGAUAUAAUCGUGCUCACUGCCAGACCAGAAAUGUUGUAGAAAGGGCAUUUGGCGUGCUCAAAUCCAGAUUCAGAUGUCUUCACAAAAGUGGAGGAUGUUUGCCUUUCAAACCAACCAAAUGUGCAAUUAUCAUCGAGACAUGUUGCCGGCUCCACAACAAGGCAAUUGAAGAGAGAAUCCCCCUCCAACAAGGUGGUCGUGUUGUUUUACAACAACACAUGUAUGUUCAUAGAGGAGCACCUCCGCGGUCAGCCAGAGACCUGAGACAACACAUUGCAUCAAGAUUUUAAGUAAAUUUAAGGUAAUUUCACCCUCCUAUGAUGUCAUAGGUAUUUGCGAAAACUGUAAUUA